GCACUUGACUCACCUGUGCUUAGGCGGCCAGGAUGGCGCUUGUAGCACUGCAGAAGACGACGGUCACGGUGGGCCUCAAGAGCGAGGGACGGGUGUUUGUGUACGACAAGGAGACGGAUGGACUGGUGGUGGAGGCGCGUGUGCCAUUCAGGCUCACGGCGCUCAUCAAUGGCCCUCGGGACGUGGUCUAUCUCGGCGGCGAGGCUGGCAACCUGGUCGCCGUCUCACUCAUAUCCGGCACCGUCAUCUGCUCCUUCCUCGGCCACUACGCAGACGUCGACUGGCUCUUUUUCACACACGGCGCCCUGGUCUCAGCCUCGGCUGUCGACCGCUCGCUCCGUCGCUGGGACAUCGAGACGGGUGCAUGUCUGAUGCGAUAUGUCGGGCCGGGCGAUGUUUUGACUUCAGCGCUGGUCAAGGAUGGGGUGCCGGGCAUCUUUGCCGGUGCCUUCAAUGGGCGUGUGUACCUGUGGCGGUGCCCGUGGUCGGACCAGCUAGGCGGAGGAGGCGAAGCUAGCGGCCGGCCGCGGCAUUUGGUGUUUGACGGCGAGAUGUCGAGCAGCGAUGCUAGCCACGAGGCGCCGGACAGGCCUGGGGGUACAGGAGGUGGGGUGGACGAAGGCCGAGUAGGCGUCAGCGGAGGUGGCGACGAGGUGCUUGGCGAAAGAGAAGAGGACGAGACCGAGGAAGAGGAUGAGAGCGGGGUCGAGCUGGUUGGAUCUGAGCCACCGGCCUCACCACUGGGUACGACACCUAUCAUGCGACCGUGGAAAGUAAUGGAGAGCCACAUCAAGCAUAUCCACUGCAUGGAGGCCGAUGAGAACUCGCUCUUUACGGCAUCGAACGACAAGUCGAUUUGCGUGUGGAGUGUGCAUGACGGGUCGCUGCUGCAAGUGCUCAAGGUUCCGCAGCGGCGAACGUCGACGCAGUUUAUGGUCCGCGACGGCAACUAUCUGUACACGGCCAACAAGGACAAGACGGUCCGCAAGUGGGAUCUGGCCACUGGCGAGUGCGUUGCGGUGUGGGUGCAGCAUUGCAAGACCAUUUUCGAUCUCAAGAUCCAUGAGCGGUUCCUGUUUUCAUCGUCGAUGGACAAGUGUGUGUGCCAGUGGGACCUUGUCUCGGGCCAACUCGUUCAGACCUUUCGCGACCACCACUCGCGGACGAUUCGGGCUGUGGAGACCGACGGACGGGUGCUGUAUUCGGCGUCGGAGGACGGGACGGUCUCCAAGUGGAGCGUGGCGACCGGAGAGCAUCUCAUCAAGUUUGACAACCGCGAGUCGCAUGCCACCUGUAUGUAUGUCGAUGAUAACUCGGGCUCUCUCUUUUUCUCGCACGGCGCUGAGUUGUACCGCUGGGACUUGGCGUCCGGCAUCUGCAUCCAGCGGUACACGGGGUGCACCGACGACAUCAACGUGUUGAGAGUAUCGGGCUCGCGGCUGUGGGCAGCCGGGGCGGGGGCGGCGAUCUAUCUUUGGGAUGUGGAGACUGGCGAGCUGCUGACCAAGAUGAUGGGACACUCGCGGACUGUCUUUGCGCUGGUGGUUAGCGAAGACGACGGUGCGGUGUUCUCGGGCUCGCUCGACAAGACGAUCCGCAAGUGGAGACUGGGCGGUGAGGCGGUUGCCCGGCUCCGGCGGCACCACAAGAGCAUCCAGAAGCUGUGUGUCCACCGCGGCAUACUCUUUUCGGGCUCGUACGACCACACCAUCAUCUCGUGGGACAUGCACGUUCGCGGGCCAGUCCAUCUCUACUCGGCACACACCAAGUCGAUCAAGUGCAUGCUUAUGGUCGACGGGUACAUGUUUUCAGGCUCGUUUGACCACGACAUUCGGGUUUGGAGCGUGGAGGCUGGGACGCAGGUCGGCCAUCUCACAGGCCACCGCAAGUCUGUGGUCUGCCUUGCCACUGAGCCACUCUCCGCUGUCGACAUCUCCAACUCGGCGCUGGUCACCUCACCGGACGGAGUGGUCCGCCCGCUCUCGGGCCUGGCCUCUCAUCUCCGCCUCGACUACAGCUCUGGCUUUCAUCCUGGUGAUCCUGUGCCCGACGGCGUUCACCCGUUCCCAGUCAUCUACUCGGGCUCAGACGACUGCACUGUGCGGGCGUGGCGAGUCGCGGGCCACUUUGCCUGUAUCAUGGUCUACCGCGGUCACUUGCGUGGAGUCCAGUGCCUCGAGGUGGAGCCUGGUGGACGCCACUUGCUCUCGGGCUCGGGUGACGGGCAAAUCCGACGGUGGUCGGCGCAGACUGGGGCAUGUGUCCAGGUCUUUGACGGGCACUUUAGCUCGGUUGUCUCGCUAGUCCAGCUCACUCGUGGCGUGCUCCUCUCGUCGUCGCAAGAUGGGACGGUCCGCAAGUGGAACAUCACCGUGCCAACGCUUCGCGAGCUCUGCGUCCGCAAGGUCCGCGAGAUGCGGACAGCAGUCGAGCACGAGAGCACCAUCAUGGAGGAGCUUCGUGCGUUGCGGUUGCCAAGGGACGUGACCGACGCCAUUCUUGGUCGGGUCCCCGCCAUGCGGUCGGAGAUUGUUGCACGAAUCACGCCCGAGCUUGCAGAGCUGUUUCCGGUAUCCACCGGUGGUGAGGCCGGCGCGAGUGGCGCAAGCAGCAGUGGCGGAGCUGGAGCUGGAGCUGAAGCUGGAGCGGCCGAUGCUGCGGAUAGAGCAAACUAAAGCGAUGGGUUGGUUGUA